AUGGCAGGCGGCGCAGUAGUAGCUGGCGGCAGCGGCGGCAACCCCUUCAAACAGGGCUUCGUAGGGAAGGGAUACAUGUGGGCGUUCAUCCUCGUCACCUCCCUCUUCUUCCUAUGGGGUUUCGCCUACGGUCUCCUCGAUGUGUUGAACAAGCACUUCCAGAACGUUCUCGGUAUCUCCAAGCUCCAGUCAACUGGUCUCCAGGUUGCGUACUUCGGCAUAGGGUAUUUCGCCUUUUCCCCCGUCGCCGGUGAGGUCCUUCGUCGCCGCGGCUACAAAUUCACCAUCAUCAUGGGUCUUGCGCUCUACUCUAUCGGCGCCGUCCUCUUCUGGCCCGUCGCCAAGUUCUCGGUCGGCUCCACCAACCCCCAAGGCAUCUUUGGCGGUUUCGUCGUCUGCACUGCUGUGGUCGCCUGCGGUCUCGCCACCCUCGAGGUCUCGGCCAACUCUUACGUCUCGGUCAUGCCUCCCCACAACGUCGCCAACUUCCGUCUGCAAUUCUCCCAGUCCUUCAACGGUGUCGCUUCCUUCACCGGUCCCCUCAUCGCCUCCAAGUACUUCUUCUCGGCCGAGAACAAGGACGACCUCACCAACGUCCAAUGGGUCUACCUCGCCGUCGCCCUCCUUGGUGUCUCCGUCGCUGUCGCCUUCUUCUUCACCAAGCUCCCCGAGGUCUCCGAGGAGGCUCUUGAGGCGGAGGCCGAGGCGCUCGCCGAGUCCUCCGGCCAGGACGCCCUUGCCCUUCAGCCCUUCCGCAAGCAGUACCGCGCCAUCACUGGCUUCGUUGCUCAGUUCCUCUAUGUCGGUGCCCAGGUGACCAUUGGAACCUUCUUCCUCAACUACACAAGUGAAUCCGCGGGGAUCCUCGAGGAGAAGGGUUCGCAGCUCCUUUCUUACGCCCUCAUCACCUUCACCGUCGCCCGCUUCGUCGGUACCGCCCUCUUGUCGGUCGUCUCUGCUCCUCUUCUCCUCCUCGCAUACGCCCUCGCCUGCACCGGUAUCAGUAUACUCAUCGGCGCACUUCCAGGCAUGGCCGGUGUCGGUUGCCUGAUCGCCGUCUUCUUUUUCAUGUCGAUCAUGUACCCGGUCAUUUUCGUCCUUUCCACCACCGGUCUUGGUCGUCACACUCGACGCGCAUCAGGCUUGGUUGUGAUGGGCGUUUCGGGUGGCGCGGUGUUUCCUCCGAUCCAGGGCGCGAUUGCAGACCACUUCUCAACUCGCUCUUCGUACUUCCUUGUCGUCCCAGCCUUCGCAUAUGUCGCCGGAUGGGCCUUCUGGGUCUGGAACAAGGACGGACGCCGAAUCCGUGCGAGCGGCGGUGAGGUUGAGCGCGAGGUUGAGGCUGCUGGCGGUGCCACUAUUCCCCCUGCGGCUGUCGGUCUUGGUUACCAGGGACGGACUGAGAACUACGAGGGAUCGAUCAAGGACGACGUUCACCGUGUCGAGAAGGUGUAA